AUGAUUUUAGGAGCUCCUGCCGAACAACGUUGUCGAUAUAUAUUUCGUUUUUAUAAUUUAAAAAAUAAUGGAAAUAUGUCCAUAGAAGAAUUUCGAGAGCUUCAUACUGACGUCCAAAAUCUCAAAGCUGGCAAAGCAAAUAAUGAUGCUCCGCUAUACAGUGAAGUUGUAUCUGCUUUUAAUUCUUUUAAUGUUCAAGCUAAUAAUCUAUUACAAUUAACUGAUUUUUUAAAUUCUGUGGGCCAAUUGAAAUAUCGUGGAACAUCUGUCCUAUUUCGUCUUAAUACAAGUGUACAAGAUUUAUUGCGAAUGUGCAAACGAUAUAAAGAUGUGAAAACAGAUAAUCUUAAUGAUCGAGCUCAGACAACUGUAAAUUAUGAAAUAGCUGAUCAUUGUGUAACAUUAAAAAAAUCCGGUACACUUUCACAAGUCGAAUCAUUACGUUCAAUGAAUCGCAGCGAUCAAUUAAGUACAACAACAGAAAAUGCAUUAAAAAAUUUACCUCGAUCACCAUCAGAAGAAAUAUUUGAUCGAAGAACAGUAGCAACUGAUACUCAAGAUUUAUUACGUUUUUUUGAAAAACGUGACCAAACAAAAGAUGCUUUAAUGUGGACGCCGAGUACAUUUAUUAAUUUAGCAAAAAAUGUUGUUAAUUUAUGUAGAGAAGUCAGAGACAUAAUUCGACGUGAACCACGUUGUCUUAAAUUAGCAUCACCGUGUUAUGUACUUGGUGAUAUACAUGGAAAUUAUCAAGAUUUAGUAUGUUUUGAAAAAUCUUUAUGGCGUGCAACACCACUUUUAUCACCAGCAUCAUUUCUUUUUCUUGGUGAUUAUGUUGAUCGUGGUAUUCAUGGACUUGAAGUUAUUAUUUAUUUGUUAGCGGCAAAAUAUCAAUGUCCAAAAAAAGUUUUACUUCUUCGUGGAAAUCAUGAAAUAAGAAAAGUUCAACAAAUGUUUAGUUUUUACAAAGAAUGUCUUGGAAAAUUUGGUGAUAUACUUGGUAAAGAAGUAUGGGAUGCAAUCAAUGGAGUGUUUGAUGUAUUACCACUUGCUGCAGUAAUUGAUGAUAAAAUUCUCUGUGUGCAUGGUGGUAUUCCAAGUCCUACAUCAUGUUCGGGUGAUUUUGUUUCCACUGUUAAUGAUAUUAUUGUACCAUUAAGUGAUCCAGAAAAUGAAUCACCUUUAGCAUGGGAAAUCAUGUGGAAUGAUCCAUUUUCAAUUGAUACAAAUACUGUUGCUCAACUACCCAUUGGUGCUAAUGCUGGUUUUUUUAAUAAUACACGAAGAAGUACUGGAAAUUAUUUUACAUGUGAAGCGCUUAUGGCUUUUCUUGAUAAAAAUAAUUUUUCAUAUGUUAUACGUGCUCAUGAAGUACAACAAGUUGGCUUCAAGGUACAAUUAAGUGGCCGUCUGUUAACUGUUUUUUCAUCGUCUCACUAUUGUGGUGGAACAAAUGAAGCCGCAACUGUACUUGUUGAUUCAGCUAAAUUACGAUUGAUCAGACUUGAUACAGCAUAA